AUGAGUCCGUCUGGUAAUGAUGUGAAGCUGGCCAGCGGCCGACAUCCAACCUGUAACUUCCUGUUGGAGGUGGAGAAAGACCAGAUGGAGUGUCUGAGGAGGCUGAGGGAGGAGGAGGCCAACCGCAUCCAUAAAGGUCCUGGCUGCAAAGGAGUAUGGGAUAGCAUCGCGUGCUGGGAUCGAGCUGAAAUCGGCGAAACCGUCAUCAUCCCCUGUCCUCGAGUCCUUAAGACUGUAUUUGGCAGAAAUGGAAACAUUAGCAGAAACUGCACAUCAGCCGGAUGGUCGGAGGUUUUCCCAAACAUCAGCAGUGUGUGUGGGAUGGACACCAGCCAGGAUAAGCUGGUCUUCUACGUGGUUGUGCAGGCCUUGUACACUCUGGGCCACAGUCUGUCUCUGAUCGCCCUCACCACAGGAAGCGCCAUCCUCUGCCUGUUCCGGAAGCUCCACUGCACCAGGAACUACAUCCACCUCAACCUCUUCUUCUCCUUCAUCCUGAGAGCCGUGGCCGUGUUGGUGAAAGACGACAUCCUGUUCAACCGAACCUCCCAGUGCUCCAACCAGCCGUCACUGGUGGGUUGUAAAGCCAGCCUGGUGUUUUUCCAGUACUUCAUCAUGGCUAACUUCUUCUGGCUGCUGGUGGAGGGUCUGUACCUCCACACUCUGCUGGUGGUCAUCUUCUCAGAGAAUCGCCACUUCAUCGUCUACCUGUUCAUCGGCUGGGGAAUCCCCACUGUGUUCGUCUUUGCGUGGGUGAUGACGAGGGUUUACUUGGAAGACACUGGUUGCUGGGAGAGAAAUGACAACCCAGUACCUAACUGGGUGAUCAAUGGGCCGAUCGGAUUCUCCAUCAUGGUGAACUUCAUCCUGUUCAUCAGUAUCAUCCGGAUCUUGGUUCAGAAGCUGAGGUGUCCUGACGUGGGCGGCAACGACCAAUCACAAUACAGGAGGUUGGCCAAAUCCACUCUCCUGCUGAUCCCUCUGUUUGGGAUCCACUAUGUGGUCUUUGUCUCUCUCAGUGAAUCAAUCGCUGAAGAUUAUAAAAUAUUUUUUGACCUGGCCCUCGGAUCAUUUCAGGGUCUGGUGGUGGCCAUCCUGUACUGUUUCUUAAACAGUGAGGUUCAAAGCGAGCUGAAAAGAAAGUGGCGGAGCAUGUGUCUUAACUGCCGUCUGAGCAGAGAUCGCCACUUCAGCAACACCUUUGCGUCCCGGAACGGUUCGGAACACUUGGGCCAGUUUCACCGCAACUCCCGAACCCAGUCCAUCCUGCAGUCUGAGACCACCGUGCUGUGAGGACCUGUAGUGAUUGGUUUUUCAGAAAAUAAUGCUAACGCUGUAACCCGAAGUGAAGUACCACAUGGGUGGGACCUGCAAAAUCGCUCAAGAGCAGAUUUUGGUUUCAGCUUUACAAAUCUGAGGGAUUCUCUACUGUAGAUGUUCCUUCAGUUUUUCCGCUUUGUGAGGUGUGCUUGUGUCGGAGCCAACCAGGAGCCUUUUAAUUCAGUGUUUCUAUGUCUGUGACGUGAACAGGGAUGCAUUUUGUGAGCAGAUUUUGCCACACUGGUACCCUAAGAUGUCUAGUCUGAUCUUCAUGGACCUGUAGGCCAUGAAAUGCACCUACUUUGAUUAGUGUAUGUUGCAUGUUGGACACAUUUAAUUCAGUAUUUAUAUUUAAAAAUAUUUAUGAAAGACAUAGUGCCAUUCUUCUCUUCAGGCCAGAAAACCUGAGGACUUAUGAUUGCGCUCUUAAUGCAAAAAAAAACAAAAAAACAAAAAAAAA